AGGACGUUCUUCUGUUAUUGUUACUCUAGUUAUUGAAGAUAAGGGUUUGUGGUGAGAAAAUUGUAGAAGAAAACAAUGGGAUCAACAUCGAAGAAGAUAAAGUUGAGGACCUCCGACGGGGAGAUUUUAAAGGUGGAGGAAGCGGUUGCACUCCAGUCUCCGACGAUUAAAAACUUGUACGAAAAUAGUUGCCCCGGCAGAGUCAUCCCUGUCCCUGGCGUCACCGGAAACAUCUUAUCCAAGGUUCUCGACUACGGCAAGAAGCACGUAGAUGCCGCCACUGGUAAGGAAAACAUCUCCGCUGACGAACUCAAGGCAUGGGAUGAUGAUUUUGUCAAGGUUGAUCAAAAAACCCUCUUCGACCUCAUUCUGGCGGCCCGCUCUUUGAAUAUAGAGUGCUUGUUGGACUUGACAUGCCGAACUGUUGCCAACAUGAUAAAGGGGAAGACAGUCGAGGAGAUUCGCACUACCUUCAACAUCAAGAACGAUUUAGACCCCUGAGGAAGAAGAGGUGGUUAGGAGGGCGACAUGCUUGGGCUAUGAAGCAUUACCAGUGAUAGGUUCUCAAGUUUGGAAAAGUUACAACACUGCC